AUGAUUGAUCGACCGGAAAUUCGAAAAGAAUGGAAGAAAAAUUACGAUGUGUUGUGGCUACGCCAGCAUCCGACCGUACUCGCUUUGCCGUGGAGAAAUGCGAUCAAAAGGUCGGAAAUGUCGAAUGCGAUUGACGUGAUGUGCAGUGGAGUACUUGGAGACGAAAUUCCGUUGGAACAAUGGCAGCAAAACUUCAGCGAACCCGUGCAGCCACUUGAUGAGGUUCGUUUCCCAUUGUUCGAUGAAGAACGCAAAAAAUGGCUGGCACAGCAAAAGGGAGUCGUCAUGAGCUCCGACGCGUUUUUGCCGUUCCGAGAUAAUAUCGAUUGCGCGAAACAGUAUGGUGUUCAAUUUGUCGCCCAUCCAGGUGGUUCAGUCCGUGACGAGGAGAUCAAACAAGCUUGCGAUGAGCACGAGAUCACUCUCAUCCACACCGGAAUUCGCCUAUUUCAUCAUUAA